AUGUCCUCGCAAUCUGGCAAGGAUCAUCAGGUGGCGCCUGGGGUCGUCACAGGACCUUCAACAUCUCUUUAUGGCGUUCAACCAACUAGGCCGGAAGGCAGCAGGGAACCAGGCGUAGCAGAUAGCUUAAACCAAUCAGAAGCUGUGGCCCAGCCUAAGCAACUGAUAUUUAUUACCGUCACUGAUCGGCCAGAGUCGGCCAAGGCCACAUACUCCCAUGUUGUUCGAACCCAGGCGAUGAGAUCAUUCCUGCGCGCAAAGCGAGAAGAGUCGACGUUCAGCCCCAAGAAGACGGAAACAGCCUCGUCAAGAGCUGCCCCAGUUACAGCUAAAAGUUCCCAGACAAAAUUCAAACUUUCUACUUGGUCUCGAAAGAGUCCCAAGAAUAAUAACCCUUCUUCUGCACCGGAUGAAUCUGACAACACCUCAUAUACAAUCAACUCCUUUGCUCUCAACCCCGAGGGAAACUGGAUCUCUUUCAGUUUCAAAGACCCAGCACUGCUCCAUGCUACCCUUGGCGUCGUUGCGCUUCAUCGUGAUCUUCUCAUCCACCGUGAACCAUCUGCGGAUUCCUUGACUCACAAAGGACAAGCUAUUCAUGCUAUCAAUAGUCGUCUACUAUCUGGUCAACCGCCAAGCGACGAGAAUCUCGCCGUAGUAGCUGUGCUAAUAAAACUCGAGACCUUGCAUGGAACAUCAGACGCAUCAAAACCUCAUAUGAAAGGACUCAUGGAGAUGCUUAGGAUUCGAGGUGGUGUGAAUAAUUUAAUGCACAACCAAGUUCUUUUGCGAGUGUUAACUUGGAUCGAUCUACUAUACGCCACAAUGUGGGGUAGCAAACCCUGUAUUGCUCCAAAUCAACUUCACCCUGGUCCUCUGGCGGUUAUCCUCGAAGAUAUCGCAAUCAAGUACUUGCCUAUCGCACAAUAUAAAGAAGGUCCGAGCAUGUUUAGUCUCAAUGAACAUAUCAACUUUGAUGUAUGGGAAACUUUACAACAAAUCUCAGCAGCUAAGGCGAAGGCGAGUGAACUAUCACUGGAGGAGAGGAAGACCAUUAGCCAUGUCAUAUAUCUUGUCAAUCACCGUCUGCUUAUGGACCUCGCGAAAUGUAACUCGUGUGAGGCUUCAAGUUUGUACAAAGCAUUUUCGGUCGCCGCGAUCCUAUAUCUGCACUUGAUAAUACGGGAGAUCCCAAGAAUGGCAAGAAUUCACCUCCCUCUAACGGAAAGACUUCGAUUAUUUGUGAAGUGCGCAUUUACUACCCAGGUUAUCGAGGGACAGGUCUUGGGAUUUGUUGUAUGGAUGAUAUUUUUAGGGGCCGCAGCAAGCCCUCCAGGAGAGAGCAGCGAUUAUUUCAUCAACCUUCUGGCGCUAAUCUUGGAAACUCUGGGAAUUCAAGACAAGGAUCAACUCAGGAAUCAACUCAGAGAACUCGCCUGGUUUGAUGAUAUUAGCGAUCGGUAUCUUACCAUCGUCUGGGCUGAAAUGACGGCUACAUCAUGA